CCCCCCGUGCGUGUGUAGCCCGCCCGCGGCUCCCUGUUUGACAGAUGGUUAUCGCGAUGGAGUUGCCGCAACAGCACCUUUGGGGGCUCGGGCGAGCGAUUGAAACCGGGAUCUAAAAGCCGAGAGACAGAGAGACAGAGAGGAGGAAGAUCGAGCCGAGGCGACAGCCCCCCUCCCGCGACGCGCUGGCCUUUGGGAUAUGGUUGUAGAUCUGAUCACUUCUGAACAUUUCGCCGUGUCUGGACCCCUGGCACUCUGAACACAGUAGCUGGACAGUUCUGCUCCUGGGACUUUGGGUGUUUUCUCCUCUCCUCAGUUCCCCUCCCCCUUCCCCCUCCCCUCCCCCCUCCUGAGAACUCCUGUGGGGCUGUUGGAUUGUCAUGGAGUCCAGGGAGAUUUUAAGCAGCUCCCGCCAAAGGGGGGGUGAGAACGAGUUCAUGUCUGUCACUUCAGCCAAGCCCCCAGGCACUCCAGGCUGUGCAGGGGAUUCUUUGCUCCCUGCACCAGGAUCUGGGAAAGGGAUUCCAGCAGGGGGAGAACGGAUGGAGCCGGAGGAGGAGGAUGAGCUGGGCUCUGGACGGGAUGUGGAUUCCAACUCAAAUGCUGACAGUGAGAAGUGGGUGGCAGGAGAUGGCCUGGAAGAGCAGGAGUUUUCUAUCAAAGAGGCUAACUUCACAGAGGGGAGCCUGAAACUUAAGAUCCAGACCACCAAGAGGGCUAAGAAGCCACCCAAGAACCUGGAGAACUAUAUUUGCCCACCUGAGAUUAAAAUCACCAUUAAGCAGUCUGGGGACCAGAAGCUUUCACGCACUGGGAAAAAUAGCAAAGCCUCCAAGGAUGAGGAACGAAGCCACUCAAAAAAAAAGCUUCUUGCAGUCAGUGACCUCACAGCCAGUGACCUCAAAGGAUUUCAGCCACAGGUCAAAGACAAGCUCAGUAUGGUUGAGCCAGAAGGAAUUGGCCGCGCUCCAUGUAUUGGGUCAAGAAUUGGGUGUCCUCAGAGAAAAUGUCCAUCCUGCAAGAAGAGUUCGGUUUAUGAGAGGCCACAGAAACACUCAACCCUCCACUAUGAUCCCAGCCUCCAACAGGACUUUACUGGAGACACCUUAAAACCAAAGCACCAGCAAAAAGGCAGCAGCCAGAGCCACAUAGAUUGGUCUGCCAGCUCGGAUAAUGGUCCGACCACUCAGAAUUGCUUCAUUGGGACGGAGUCUAGUCGAGAAACUCCAGGCUCCACCAAAAUUCCAACCCUUGAGCCUGUGGCUUCCUUUGCCAAGUCCCAAGGGAAGAAAGGUAGUGUGAGCAGCACAUGGAGUCAGUUGUCCAGCAGCAGCAAAGAUCUGCUUUUGGGUAAUGUGGUCCCAGCUCCAAGCAGCGUCAAUUCACCAGCCCAGACCACCAGCUCAGCUGAGUGCAAUGGACUCCCAUCCUUAGUAGAUCAAGAUGGAGGAGGAUCAAUGGAGCCCCCAGAUCCCCCUACUGCAAACAGCAAGAAAAAGUCAAGUAAAAAAGACUUAAUAAAUCAAACCAUACAAAACUCAGACCUGGACUGGGUCAAGAAUGCCCAAAAAGCAUUUGAGACCAAAACUCACGAUAACUUGGAAGGGAAAAAGGAAGGCUAUUCCACAGAUAACAUCCAAGAGGUGUCACCAGCCAGGCAAAAUGUGAGUCCCAUCAGUAAUCCUGAAAAUGAUACGAAUCAUGUCCGGAUCACUAUUCCCAUCAAGACUCCAACCCUAGAUCCACCUAGCCAUAAAAGGAAGAAGAGGCAGUCUGUGAAAACAAUGGUGGAAAAAAUCAUACCAGAGAAAGCCUUGGCUUCUGGAAUCCCCAUGAGCAGUGAAGUAGCUAGCAGGAUGCUCUCUCAUCCCGAAGGAAGUAAGAAAGAUCCUCGCACUACCAAGCUUGCUAAAAUGAUGGAGAAUGAGCCCUCUUCGGUUGUGCUGGAAGGUGUUGUAAGUGCGGAGAAGGUUCUCUCAAGUAAUGCGGCCAGACUGCGAAAAACCCCCCUGCUCAUGACUCCUCCGCCAUGCACAGAUCCACCCCUCUCAAGCAAGCUGCCAGAAAUUCAGCACCCUAAAUUUGCAGCAAAGCGGAGGUGGACUUGCAGCAAACCAAAACCCACCAGUAUGCUGCGGGAGUCAGCCGUGGCCACUUCUGAAAAACUCAUGGUGGAGCCACCUUCCGCAUAUCCUAUCACACCAUCUAGUCCUCUGUACACAAACACAGACAGUCUCACUGUGAUCACACCAGUCAAAAAGAAGAGGGGACGGCCAAAGAAACAACCUCUCCUCACCGUUGAGACAAUCCACGAGGGGACUUCCACCAGCCCCGUCAGCCCAAUCAGCCGGGAAUUCCCUGGCACUAAGAAGAGGAAGAGAAGACGCAAUUUAGCCAAACUGGCCCAGCUAGUGCCAGGAGAGGAAAAAUCUAUGAGCGAGAUGAAAUUCCACAAAAAAGUUGGAAAGCUUGGUGUACUGGACAAGAAGACCAUCAAGACCAUCAACAAGAUGAAGACUCUUAAAAGGAAAAACAUCUUGAAUCAGAUCUUGUCCUGCUCCAGCAGCAUUGCCCUGAAGGCAAAAGUACCGCCCCAGACCAAUCCUGGGGGAGCAGCCAUUGACAGCAGACUGGGGAAGCAGAUCAAUGUCAGCAAGAGAGGGACCAUCUACAUUGGCAAAAAGAGGGGCAGAAAACCUAGGGCAGAGCUGCAGCCCCCAUCUGAAGAACCUAAGACAGCCAUCAAGCACCCAAGGCCUGUUUCUAGCCAGCCGGAUAUUCCAGCCGUGCCUUCCAACUUUCAGUCACUUGUGGCAUCUUCACCAGCAGCUAUGCACCCACUUUCCACGCAGUUAGUCGGGUCUAAUGGCAACCUGAGCCCCGCCAGCACUGAAAUCAAUUUUUCAGAGUUGAAAACUAUGCCAAAUCUUCAGCCCAUCGGUGCUCUUCCUACCAAAACCCAGAAAGGAUUACACAGUGGAACCUGGAAGCUGUCACCUCCCAGGUUGAUGGCCAACUCACCUUCACACCUGUGUGAGAUUGGGUCCCUGAAGGAAAUCACACUGUCCCCUGUCAGCGAGUCACAUAGCGAGGAGACAAUCCCUAGUGACAGUGGCAUUGGGACGGACAACAACAGCACAUCUGAUCAAGCCGAGAAGAGUUCAGAAUCCCGCCGGCGGUACUCUUUUGACUUCUGCUCUUUGGACAAUCCGGAGGCCAUUCCAUCUGACACCAGCACAAAGAACCGACAUGGCCACCGGCAGAAGCAUCUCAUCGUGGACAAUUUCCUCGCCCACGAAAGCAUCAAGAAGCCAAAGCACAAGCGGAAAAGAAAAAGCCUGCAGAACCGUGACAACCUCCAGUUCCUUGCGGACCUAGAAGAACUCAUCAGCAAGUUCCAGAUGUUCAGGAUCUCCCACCGGAGUUACACAUUCUAUCAUGAGAACCCAUAUCCCAGUAUUUUUAGAAUCAACUUUGAUCACUAUUACCCGGUGCCAUAUAUACAGUAUGACCCCUUGCUCUAUCUUCGAAGGACCUCAGACAUGAAGUCCAAGAAGAAGCGUGGUAGGCCUGCCAAAACCAAUGACACCAUGACAAAGGUGCCUUUUUUACAGGGGUUCAGCUACCCUAUCCCCAGUGGAAGUUACUAUGCACCCUAUGGAAUGCCUUACACAUCAAUGCCUAUGAUGAACCUUGGUUAUUACGGUCAGUACCCAGCUCCUUUGUACCUAUCUCACACUCUUGGCACAGCUUCACCAUUUAUGAGGCCGACAGUGCCGCCACCCCAGUUCCAUGCAAGCUCCCAUGUGAAGAUGUCCAGUACUGCCAGGCACAAAGCAAAGCAUGGGGUGCAUCUGCAGACACCUGUGGGCAUGGGCCUUGGAGACCUACAGCCCUCUCUCAAUCCUCCAAAGGUGGGUAGUGCUGGGUUGUCCAGUGGUCGCCUCCACAAAAGGAAACACAAACACAAACACAAGCACAAGGAGGACCGAAUCCUGGGGACCCAUGAUGACCUGAGCGGUCUCUUUGCAGGCAAGUCCACGAGCUUCUCUAGCCAUGUCUUGAGCGAGCGGUUGAGCAGCGCUGACAAAGACCUCUCCAUGGUGGGCGAGAAGAGUAGGCAUAAGGAGAAACAGAAACACCAACACAAUGAGGUCAGCCACAAAGCUUCUAAGAACAACUUUGAGGUUGACACCCUGUCGACCCUGUCGCUCUCUGAUGCCCAACAGUGGACGCAGGUGAAGGAAAAAGGAGACAUUAGUGGAGACCCUGCUGACCCCUGUACAAAGAAGUUCUCCAGUGGCAGCAGUGGAGAGAGCAGCAGCAGCACGAGGUCAGAGACCUUGGAUGUGUUUGGCAACAUGAACCCAUUGAAUGACAAGUGGGACAGUGAAGUGAGUGGGAGUAAAAGAAGGAGCUUUGAAGGUUUUGGAACUUACAGGGAAAAGGACAUCCAAGCCUUCAGGAUGAACCGAAAGGAAAGAAGCACCUAUGACUCCUCAGUGUCUCCAGGAAUUGCAAGUCCCCUUUUAAAAGCAGACCAGACUUCCGUGAAUAGUAAAAACGAGGGCCCAGCCUCUACCAUGAUGACCAGGAGAAAGCCACCAUCGGUUGAAAGUAUUGCAAUAGCCCCAGCGCCAGUAUUAUCUCUCCUUGCUUCCACGGCAGCAGCAUCUGAAGCAGCCAGCUCAUCCCUGAAGAAACGCUUCAAGAGGCAGGAGAUUGAAGCAAUCCAGUGCGAGGUGCGUAAAAUGUGCAACUAUACCAAGAUCCUGUCCACAAAGAAGAACCUCGACCACGUGAACAAGAUCCUGAAGGCCAAGCGGCUGCAGAGACAAUCAAAGACAGGCAAUAACUUCGUCAAGAAAAGGAGAGGGCGACCCCGCAAACAGCCCCUCUCAUUCGAUGAGGACUCCAGAGACCAAAUGCCAGUGCUAGAAAAAUGCAUUGACCUCCCCAGCAAGAGAGGUCAGAAACCCACCCUGAACCCUUUGGUGUUGGAACCAGUGGCCAGUCAAGAUACCAUCAUGGCAACCAUUGAGGCUGUCAUCCACAUGGCCCGGGAGACCCCACCUCUACCACCACCCCCUCCCCCUCCCCCUCCUCCCCCUCCUCCUCCCCCUCCUCCACCUCCCCCUCCUCCUCCUCCUCCUCCUCCUCCCCCCCCUCUACCACGCACACCCAGAGGUGGGAAGAGGAAACACAAACAGCAACAGCAACAACAGCAGCUGCAACAUGAGGAGGAGGUGAAGGCCAAGAGACACAGAAAGUCAAGAGGGAACGAAAGUGAAGCCCUUCCCUAGAGUUGGGAAGGGCAAAUGGGAACACAAGGGUAGGGUAAACUGAGGCAUUGAACAUGCAAAAGAAAAGCAGGGGUGAGGGUUGGGAAGGGGAGGGGGCAGGGAGGGGGUUCUGGCCACAGUCACAGACUUGCUUUUCCCUCCAGCAGUCUCAUUAUUAGCUUCUGGGGGAGCAAGGAAGGGAGGCACCUUCAAAGGAAACACUGCAGUUUGCUUUACAGUUUCCCAGCCAAUCGGCAUUGCAGGAUUGCCGUAUCUUUAAAACAUAAAAGCGACAAACAGCCCAGCAGAAGAGAGCAGAUGGUCCUCUCAGUCACCUAAUGAGAAAGAGAAUCCAAGGCAGACAGGCGUGGCCCAUUUGCUGGCCUGUCCAAUCACAGAAGAAGAACCAUGCUUGAUUAGGAAGAGCUCUAAAGGAGCCGGGAGGACUAGGAUGGGGGGGUGGGGGUAGGGUCAAUAGCUAUAAAUUCCUCCACUGUCUUGGCUGUAAUCCAUUUGAUUAAUUUUAAUUUUGCUUUAUUAUAUCAGUUUAAAAACCCUACGAGGCUUUGAGGUGACAUCAUCUUCAAGUGGCUUAAAUCUUUCUAUAAUGAUAAACUUUCUCAGUUAUUCCUGGAUUAUAAGGUUGCGCUUCAGCUAUAGGCACACACCUACCUAUACACACGAACACAUAAACAAGAUCCUUUCUUUCUCACACUCACUCAGAUUCUAAACUUUUUCGUACAUUAUCUCUUUCACAUCCAGAUAGACACACAAAUAUACCACAUCACUUCAUCCUGCUUUUCCUUUCCUUUCUCACCACCUAGUCAUAAAUUUCAUUAAUUCACUCACCCUCAUCUCUGUAGAUAUACAUCUGAAUCAAGCAGCCCACCCAUCCUGAGUGCACACCCAAUCAUACAUACACACAUACCCCAUCACUCAGAAUUAUGCUUCUGUUACUGUCACUAGCAGUGGUGGUGUAGUGUCAUGUUUAAAGUAUUACACAGAUAUUCAAUUAUAGUAAAGCCAUCUUAUUAAGCAACAUGGAGUAUCUGGGGAUAUGUUGACUUAUGUGUCAACCAUGUUAUUUUCAUGCUUAAUACAUAUCAGGCGAGAACAGCUGGAAACUUCUUUUUAAAACCCCACUGCAAAUGAACAUGAAGAUUUCACCAAAAAAAAAAAAAAUCAAAACCAAAACACGAGAGUGUAUCAAUGCCUUGGUAUGUGGUUUUCUUUGCAAAUAGCUAUUGAAAAUUGUUGAAAAGAUAUAUCCAAACACACCCACACAUACAAAAAAAAUACCUGAAAGAAGUCCAUUAUCUCUUGGCAAUUAUUUCCUAAAAGAAAAAAAAGGAGUAAGUGUUCUUAUCUGAAAAAAAAUAUUGCUCCAAGGGUAUCACCACUGCAGUUGCAUCGAGCCACCUUGGGCAAGUUAUCCAGGUUGUGGUUGCCUUAAUAAACUAAAAUGAUUUUUUGUACAUAAUGUAAUUAUAAAGCUAUCAGUCUGCAUGAAUGCAAACUGUGUGUGACAAAUCGUCUUUAAAUGGUCAGUUUCAAAUGUACAUUUCUCAUUGGAGUGGUAUUUUAGCCAUUGACUUAGCUUGGACAGAUAGCUCAGCUCCAGUAUUCAUUUCUGCAGCCCAAGUUAAACUGUUAACAAAACUCAGGCUGAACAUGAAGCUAUUCCAUUGCUGUAAAUGUUUUCUAACAGUCGGAUGUGAACUUUUCAGACAGGUAUUGUCAGCUUCCUCCUCCUACACCACGUCCUUCUACACCACUUCUCCCCACCACCAAGAACACCUAUUUCCAGGUAUGGGGGAAAAAUCAUAAAAUAAGGAACACACAGAGGAAAUUUAUAUUCCUUAGUGGGAAGGGAAAAUUCGGUCAGCCUCCAAAUGAUAUUUCACAACUGGGAAAGGUCAGAAGCAAUUGAAGCAGGGUGAGAUUUUCAUUCUCACUUCAGAACAAAACUUUUAAAUUGCCCAAAUGAAGUUAAGAGUAAGUUUUGAAAUAUUUCAAUGUCAGAGAUUAUGCACAAGUUUGAAUUUGCCCCAUAUCAUUUUUUCUGUUUUGCUGUACGUACAAGUGCCAGCUGUCAGUGGGGACAAUUCACCCAGGGCAGCCCAGUUGCUGUUAUCACUAUGGACUUGACACGGUUGGCCAUUCUAAUAUUUCAGUAUACCUUCAGUCCCUACCAGGGCUAUAAUCAGCCUGGGGAAUUUGGGGACAUUGCCCCAUUUGAGGAGGUCCAGACUCCAGAUAGAACUUCUCAUUCCCCACUCACCCAAUUAUAUUGUUAUGUCUUUGUGCCCUAUAACUCUUUCUGGGGCCCCCAGUACAAAAUUCACUCACAUGUCCUGGUUCCAGUGAUAUUAAAGAUUCAAGGAUUAUAUUUCCCCAUUCUUUAAGGUUUUUGACCAGAGACACCAUAUCUGCCCCUUUUUGAUCUCCAUGUUGAAUAGCAAAAUCAAACUAGCCAAUUUCAAAGUAUCUUUCCCAAGCCAAAUUUGAUAGGUGCUAAAAACAGGUGCAGAAAAUUUAGAUCUCCUCACCUCUUCCCACACACACUUGUCUAGCCACCACAUAUCAAAAGUCAGCCAUUCUCCUUUCCUUUAAUUUCCUUCCUGGAUUUUGAACCUAAUUUCCCUCAUUGUCCAAGGUCAUUUGGUUAGAGGCAAAGCCAGAAGUAGAAUUCAGGUCUCUGGAUGUCCCUCUCCAAUUUAUUUGUCUAUAAACCACACCUUCCAGCUCCACGUUUCUUUGCUCUAUUUUGGUUUUUAAUAGGGUAGCAGUUCAAGAAACCAAGGGAAGUAGAGUCUAUAGUGGGGCGAGGAGAGUAUCAUUAAUAACUAUAUCAUCUAAAGCAGGCCAGAAACUUCUGUUCAAGUCUACUUUUAACUUAAGGAGAUUUGAUGGAAGAAAGAGCUAUGAGAUAAGACUUUGGUGUAAGAGCCAACACCCCCUCCCCCCAACCUCUGUGGGCCUAUUUGGGAUAUUUGUCCUCUUUACUAAUUGGCAAGGUCUUUUGUAUUGUUGAGCAUGAUUGCACCCUGUACAAGUAGAAACGAGACUGGAGUUCCUCUGCCUUCUCUUAGAGGAUUAGGGUUUGAAUAACUUCCAGCCCCAGCUCUAUGAUGAGAGCCCAUGUGCAAGGACUAAGUUUCAGGCCCUGGGAAUUGGCAGAACUCUGGUUAAAGAGCAGUGGCCCAGUGACAGCUUGGUGGUGGUAACUGGGGCUUGCAGAGGAUUAGCAUGUUAACUUGGCUGCAAGCAGCGGGGGAGAUGGGUGCUAGGCAGCAGUCAGAAUUGGUGUUCUGCAUAUUGCUGGGUCUAUAAAUAUGAUAAGCAAGUACUGACAGAAUAAUAGUAUAAGGUGAUGUACUACAUACAGAUCGUACAGGAUUUGGUUUUAGGGCUUAAGUCGAAAAUCCCACUCCUACAGCUUAUUACCUAACAAUAUUCUGAUAAUGAGCUUUUAGAGUCUCUUUUUCCCUCUACUACUAGGAAGAUUUACCUGGGAACUGUCUAAAUUCUAUACAUAUAUUUUCAAGGACUUAAAAAUGCCAACUAUAGCAUGGGAGGAGAGGAGGCAGCGGUAGCAGAUGCGUCUUAAAAGCCACUUCAGAAUUUCGUUACUGGAUUCUGUUCCUCUCAUUUCAUAGCAGAAAACUUGAGGACAUCAUUUCCCCCACCCCCAGCCCUCUCCAGUCUACCAUCUCACAGUGGUCCAGGACAGCACAGUUAACAGCAAAUAGCAUCACAGUGCCUAAGGACAGCAACUCACAAACCUGGUCAAGUUGUCUUUGCCUUUGCAUUUCUUUCUAUGUUCUUUAUACAAAACAAGGCUACCCCCCACCCCCUGGCCCUGCCUCUUGUUUCCCAGAAAGUUGGCCUAUGGUCCUUACUAGUUAGUCCAGAGUGAGGGGCUUGGUCACUUGGGGACAGUUCUUAGAGAAGCACAUUUCAACCAAGGAAGGAACUUCCUGGAUCUCCAGAUCCUGCCUGCCCACCUGCCCAGGUUGUAGCAAACACUAAAAAAAAAAAAAAAAAAAAAAAAAAAAGGAAGAAGAAGAAGAAGAAAAAAUAAAAAAUAGUGAAGCUAGGGAAAGCUGUCAAUUGGUCAACAUGGGAGGGCAGCUCCACCCUAUGUUGGUUUCUUUUCUUUACUUUUUUUUAAAGCUAUUUCUUAAAUAAUAAUAAAUGCACAUGAUGUGUUAAAUAUGUAUAUAUUUCAAAAGAAAAAGAAUGGGGCACAAGAUUGUUUUACAAGUCGUGCUGGCUAAUUUUUAGUUUGUAUUCAUAAGUGGUUUUUAAAAGCCUUUUUUAAAGUGUAAUUUGCAUGUUCUACUUUGAUUGUAUGUAAACAUAUUUUAGAGCAAAAAAAUGUAUUUGUAUUUUAUUGAAUAUAGAGGCAAGAAACUUGUACAUUGUUUGAAAUGUUCUUUUUGUAACAGUUUUUAUUCAUAAAGCAUUUUUGUACAUUUCAAAAUGGAUAUGGACUUGCUGUUCUUUGAGGCGUAGAUACAUCUGGCAUGCUUUAAUGUCAUGCUCCUCCAUGAUCUUAGAUGUUGAUUUUUAAACAUUUUUUUCUAAAAGAAAGCUCAGUCUUUUCGCUACCAGACCAGGUUAGCACAGUAUAGAGCACUUAACUACAAAAAAGAAAAAAAAAGUUAAUCCUAUUCAUAUGUUAUUCAUUGUGUGAAAUUAAAGGCAUUCAAUUCAGUCUAA